AUGCACAGAACAUCUUGUGGGAGGAAGACCGUCAUGAUGUGGUGCCGAGGUCUGCUUGGGAUAGUGAUACUCGUCACGACGUUAGUUGUGGUGUAUCCCCAAGAAGGUGGGUACUACACAGUUAAGACAGUUAACGGUCUUAGGAUCGUAGGUCUAAACACAGUGUUCUACUAUACCGCGGACAGACUGACUCGUCUUUUGCCUGUCCCAGCUGGUCAGUUCACCUGGCUGGACGGGGUACUACAAGACGCCAGGAAUGCUGGAGAGAAGGUCAUGUUGACCGCCCACGUGCCCCCGGGUAUUAAGGUCCCGGGAAAGGUUCAGUGGUUUUAUGAGCGGUUCAACACCAAAUUCCUUGACCUCGUCCAGAAGUACGCGGACAUCAUCCCCGGGAUGUACUUCGGCCAUGACCACGCUGAUGGCCUCAAACUGUUACUGAAGAAAGACGGUACACCGGGUAUUCCGAUGUUCAUAGCGCCAUCGGUGACACCAUGGCGCUACAAGAGCGGAACAGAGUCGGAUGACCCACACAACCCAGGCGUCAGAUUGGUCAAGUAUGAUCGGAAAACUGGUGAAGCCCUGGACUUUAUUCAGUACUACAUGGAUCUGACUGAAAGCAAUGAGGCCAACGCGUCAUCGUGGAAGGUCGCAUACGACGCCAGCAAGGCCUACCAGGUCAAGGAUCUCUCUGCUGCAUCCGUCAGCAUGGCUGUUGAGCAGAUGAGCGCUGAUAAAUAUGUUCUGGACAAACAUAUCCGAUUCAAUACCGUUCUUGCUAAUGGCGAGGCUACAGUCAACGAAUGCGAUGCUACCUGUAGGGCUAAAUAUAUCUGUAGUUUUACCCAUCAUACACGUGGUGAGUUUCAAUCCUGUGUCACCGACCGGCUCAGCAACUCACUGAUAGGUUAGGGAGUGCUUUAUCCUUCUUCUUGUUAUACUGUUCAUGGUCACAGUAUCAAAUGACAAAUGACAAAAUAUUGAAGUUUAUCCUCUAUACAGUAAAUCAGCACGAAAUAAUCAGUGUACACUUACAUACACGGGCCCUCAAUGUCUUACGCGAGGCUGUAAAAUGUUUGUGUGAACCUGCACCAAACAUGUUCCUAAAUGGUUAUGAUUAUUACAUAUGAAUACGUUAUAACGUAAUUCAUAUAGAUUUUUUUUAAACCGAUUGACUACUACGUCUUACCAACAAAAAUGUGCCGCUCCGAUUUGCUCAAUAUUAACGUGAUCUGAACAGUUUCUUCCAAGGGGGACAUAAUUACUAAAAUUAACCGCGUUGAGAGAUCUUAAAAGAACCACACAGAGGUGCUUUCUAUAAGUUACACAAGUGGAUGUCUAUGAUCAUAAGAAUGAAUGAAUGAGUAUGGUUUUACGCCGCUUUUAGCAAUAUUCCAGUAAUAU